AUGGGUUUAUUUUUGCCUCGUCGUUCGCUACUUCAUUUUAUCACAACUCUGAUUUUACUAGAAUGUUUUACCGCACAGAAAGAACCUAGCUGUAGCCGUGCAAAGAACUGUAAUGAGUGCAUGGGAAUACGUCCUGCCUGUUCAUGGUGUACUGCUGAUGAAUAUGAUGAUACUAAAGAAGGACCUGGAUUUCGAUGUGCGCCAACAUCUGUUUUAUUAUCGCGUGGUUGUCCUAAGGAUAGUAUAGAGAAUGUGGAAUCAACGGUUUUGGAUCAUGGGGUUACUCAUGAGCAAGUCAGUUCGACAGAAGACAUACAGCUUACUCCGCGAUCUCAGUCGGUUAAUGUUCGGCCUGGAGGCACCAUGGUUGUGAACUUCACCUUUCAGUCAAUUUCGGAUUAUCCUGUCGAUCUUUAUUUUCUAACUGAUCUCAGUUAUACGAUGAUCGAUGAUCUGGAAACAGUUUCCCGUUUAACAAAUGAUAUUGUAUUAACUAUGCGUAAUGUUACAAAGAAAUUGCAAAUGGGAUUCGGUGCAUUUGUGGACAAACCAGUGUUUCCUUUUGUUGUACCUACUCCUGAAUACCUUCGGAAUCCCUGUUUAAAUGUUGGAACCAAGAAUCUUCACUGUGACCCUCCAUUUUUAUACAAACAUAUUCUGUCUCUAACUGAUAACUUCGAAGAGUUUCGAGAGAAAACCAAAGUUGCACGUCCCUCAGGUAAUUUAGAUAGCCCCGAGGGUGGUAUGGAUGCAUUACUUCAAGUUUCGCGAUGUGCAGAAAUCAUCGGAUGGCGUGCUGGUGCUCGAAAGAUUGUAUUAUUUGCCUCUGAUGGUGGUUUUCAUUUAGCCGGUGAUGGUCGAAUCGCUGGAUUAAUACGUCCUCCUCCAACCACUUGCCAACUUACCUUUCAGGCUGAUCGAUUCAAUUCUUCACUUAAAUACCUCGGCUGGCAUAAUUCUGAUCAAACUGACUAUCCUAGUGUCGGAGAGAUUGCUCAAGUUCUAACUGAAGCUGAUAUCAGUGUAAUCUUUGCUGUGGAUAGUAAAUUACACGGAUUAUAUACUAAAUUAGCAGAAUUCCUACCGAGUGCAGCUGUUGGCAUCCUAAGUGAUAGUUCAACAAAUAUCGUCCGCCUAUUACGUGAUAAUUAUGAUAAAAUUGUUAACAAAGCUGAAUUAAUGGCUACAUAUGAUGCAGAUUAUUUAGAAGUUCAAGUAUUCUCCAAGUGUAAUGGAGAAAGUGAAUUCUCAAAGAAAACUGUAUGUAAUGAUCAUCCAGUUGGUGGACGAAUAAGCUAUCAGAUAUCUGUAAAAGCUAAACGAUGUUUUGAAGGCGUCAAAAAAGUGGUCUUAAAAAUGGUUGCCUUAGAAGAUCAAGCAGUACUUAAUGUUCAAACAGCAUGUUCAUGUCCUAGUUGUGAAAAGCUACCUUUACCGAGUCCUUCAAUUCCAUUCUCUCCAAGAUGUCAGUCACGAGGACAUUUACAUUGUGGAGAAUGUAAAUGUCAAUAUGGAUUUUCGGGCGACUUUUGUGAGUGCUCAGCUGAGGCUAGUGCUGGAGGAGAUGCUGCUAUGCUGGAAAAAUGUACUGAAUACGGUGUAAAAGAGCCUUGCUCAGGUCGUGGUCGUUGUGUAUGCGGAAAGUGUAAGUGUAAUCUGGCUCGAUAUGAAGGCACCUAUUGUGAAUGUGAUCGACAUGGUUGUAAACGUGCUUCAGACGACAAUCAAGUUUGUGGUGGACCACAACGCGGUACUUGUCAAUGUAAUGGUACCUGUGAAUGUAAACCAGGUUAUACAGGUGAUCGAUGCGAUUGUAUGGAAAGUGAGAAACAGUGUAUUGAUCCUAACAAUCCAUCGGGUCCAAAAUGUUCCGGUCGUGGUGUAUGCGAUUGUGGUCAAUGCUUCUGUAACAGUGGUUAUACUGGUCAUUUAUGCAAUGAAAUACAAGGCGGUGAAUCUGCACUGUGCACAGAUCGUGAUGUUGAAAAGUGUGUUCUCUGUUUACGUGAUUCACUAGUGAAAAGUUUUGAAGCAGCUGAAAAGGCUAAAAAUGGUGAAAUUGAAAAGGCGAAUAAUGAAGCAGCGACAUCAUCAGCGGAAGAAGAAGAAGAAGAAGUAUCAUUGAAGCUAAAUCAAGGCCAACCAAACUCUAUGACAUAUGCAUCACCAGAAUAUGCAUUAGCUGCUGCUCGAUGUGAAUCUUCAUGCAAUGGAACAGUGGUGGAUACUAGUCGUGUUAAACUAGUCGAAGUUAGUGAGCAAAAGGACGACUCAAAUCUUUGCAUCAUUUAUACAGAAGAUAAUUGUCGAGUGUUUUUCACCUAUCGGUAUUCUGAUGCAAUCUAUGUAAAUCGUAAAGUUGACUUAAAUAUUAUUCGAAAAAGUGAAUGUACUAAAACAAUCAAUAUUCUCUAUAUAGUCCUUGGAGUUAUUGCAGCUAUUGUACUUGGCGGUCUUAUCCUCUUACUUAUUUAUAAACUUGUUAUCACUAUUGAUGAUCGACGUGAAUUAGCCAAUUUUAAACAACAAGGUGAAAAUAUGCGUUGGGAAAUGGCUGAAAAUCCCAUCUUUGAAUCACCGACAACAAAUGUACUAAAUCCAACAUUUGAAGAGAAUGGAUAUUGAAAUUUGAAUUUCUUUUUCAACAAAAAAACAAGCAGUCAAAUAGUCAAAUUUAUCAGAGAUUACUAGUAAAAAGCAAAAAUUUGUCAUCUUUAUUUCCUUGAGUUCUUGUUAUUAUUAUUAUAUGCAUAUACAGCUAGCUUUUCAAGUUUUACACGUCAUAUAUUAUAUAAAAUGAGCAACUGCUCUCUUUAUAUAAUAUAUAUAUAUAUAUAUAUAUGCACUGUUUGUUUGUAUGUUUGUGGUAAAUUUGCUUACAAAUAGUACUGUAUAAUAUUCGUUUUUUUUCCUUUGAAUGUAUUUUAUCUAUUUCAAAAAUCAUGAUGUAAUAUGCUUUAAUUUCACUUUUAUUGUCAUCUUUAUUUAUCUCCUGGUUUAUCAUUUAUGAACAAAUUUAUACAGCUGUAUUAUCAUCUGGUUAACCGGAAAAAAAACAUGUCUACUUGUGCCUUAAUUCUAUAUUUAAAGGAUUUUUGUUUAUCAUAGAAAGCAAACAGCUAGUGUUGGAGCUUAUUCUCUCAUUGUGAAUUGCAUAUUUAUUGUGUAUACACGCAUAUACACAUAGUUUUGCAUGCAUUUUUGUUUUAUUCUAUUCUGACUUUUUUAAAAUUUAUUCUUGGCGGUUUUAUUUUGUUUCAUUUUCCCGCUUUUUUGUUUGUUUUAUUGCCUAUCUUUUUAAUAUUGAACAAUGAUAAUAAUCAAUAUUAUGGUAAAUGGGUUAAUAUACUUUUUAUUAUUUUUGAAGACUACUUUCAGUGGUUUUUAAAGUGAUUGUGUGUCUGUACGUGUGUGUAUGUGCGCGCGCGCGCUUUUUCUUGUACUUUUUCAGCAUUACUCUUAAAGGAUAGUCGUCAGGUGUAUUCUCUUAUGUUUUUUUUUAACUUACGCUACUCGAAAGAAAACUGCUUUAUCUAAUAAUAUUUAAUAAAAUAUAAUAGGAUAAUAAUUACAUUUACGAA